AUGGCUGGAAAGCGUGCAAGAGAUUUGAAUGGCGAAGAUGAAACGACCCACGAUACGACUCAUCCCUCGCGCAAGCGACGUGUUGAAUUUGGUGUUGCCGACGCUAAAUUGGCUGCCCUGUACAACGAUCUGUCCGACGACGUGAAAGCAACCAGAUUGAAGGCUGCCGCAGACCUGAUCCGCGCCCUUGCAGAAGCGGACCCUGAGGCCCUGGACAAGUCUCUGACUAGACUCAUUAGAGGUCUCUGCAGUAGCCGUAAAGCCGCGAGAUCUGGAUUCUCGGUGGCUUUGAUAGAAAUAUUGAAGCUGACAUCCAAAUCUCCGACCACGGGUGUCGAGGGCGUGGACUUGACUCUUCCCGCGAUCAUUGACAAGAUUGUCUUGAUCACACAACCGGAGGAGCAGAGCAACAACAAGGUACGCCAUCACCGGGUUAUCCGCAUAUGA